GCUGCCCUAAAAGGAAUGAGGAAGUGAGAGCUCUCCAGUGUCUGGCUGGCUCCGUCCGUGUGACAGCCCAUGAUGUUCUUUCCGGUCUCGGUAAUAUUCUGAAUUUCCACCUGCCCGCCCCCUCGCUUAUAAUGCAGAGCAUGUGUAGAGAGACCAGCUCAGUCUUUCUCCCUCCCAGUGGACUAGAAGGAGCAGAGUGUCAUGCUGUUUCUCCCAUUCUCCACAGCUCACCGGUUGUAAAAGAACUCUGGCUAGAGACCCUCCAAGGACACAGUCAAAGUCGCAUGGGAGUGAAAUUCACCCCUGGACCAUCCGCCCCAACGCUGAUGAAGUUGAGAAGCAGCCACGAUGCUCCAAAAACACUAAAUGCCAAUAAUAUGGAGACACUAAUCGAAUGUCAAUCAGAGGGUGAUAUCAAGGAACAUCCCCUGUUGGCGUCAUCUGAGAGUGAAGACAGUAUUUGCCAGCUAAUUGAAGUUAAGAAGAGAAAGAAGGUGCUCUCCUGGCCCUUUCUCAUGAGAAGGCUCUCCCCUGCAUCUGACUUUUCUGGGGCUUUGGAAACCGACUUGAAAGCAUCGCUAUUUGAUCAGCCCUUGUCAAUUAUUUGUGGUGACAGUGACACACUCCCCAGGCCCAUCCAGGACAUUCUCACUAUUCUGUGCCUUAAAGGCCCUUCAACCGAAGGGAUAUUCAGGAAAGCGGCCAAUGAGAAAGCCCGCAAGGAGCUGAAGGAGGAGCUCAACUCCGGGGGCACAGUGGAUCUGGAAAGGCUCCCUGUUCACCUCCUCGCUGUGGUCUUUAAGGACUUCCUCAGAAGGAUCCCCCGGAAGCUACUUUCAAGCGACCUCUUUGAGGAGUGGAUGGGCGCUUUGGACACGCAGGACGAGGAGGACAGAAUCGAGGCCCUGAAAGAGGUUGCAGAUAAGCUCCCCAGGCCCAACCUCCUGCUGCUCAAGCACUUGGUCUAUGUGCUGCACCUCAUCAGCAAGAACUCCGAGGUCAGCAGGAUGGACUCCAGCAACCUGGCCAUCUGCAUUGGACCCAACAUGCUCACCCUGGAGAAUGACCAGAGUCUGUCGUUUGAAGCCCAGAAGGACCUGAACAACAAGGUGAAGACAUUGGUGGAAUUCCUCAUCGAUAACUGUUUUGAAAUAUUCGGGGAGAACAUUCCAGUGCAUUCCAGUAUCACUUCUGAUGACUCCCUGGAACACACAGAUAGUUCAGACGUGUCGACCCUGCAGAACGACUCAGCCUAUGACAGCAACGAUCCUGAUGUGGAAUCCAACAGCAGCAGUGGCAUCAGCUCUCCCAGCCGGCAGCCCCAGGUGCCCAUGGCUACAGCUGCUGGCUCGGACAGCAGGACCCCACAGGAAGCCCGAGAGGUCAGCCCAGAGCCCAUCGUGAGCACCAUCACCAGGCUGAAAAGCUCCCUUGCACAGCCCGACAGGAGGUAUUCAGAGCCCAGCACGCUGUCCUCCCAGGAGUGCCUCGAGAGCCGGGUGACAAAUCAAACACUGACAAAGAGUGAAGGGGACUUCCCCGUGCCUCAGGCAGGCUCUCGUUUGGAAAGUGAGGAGGUUGAAGACCCAUUUCCAGAGGAGGUCUUCCCUGCAGUGCAAGGCAAAACCAAGAGGCCAGUGGACCUGAAGAUCAAGAACUUGACCCCGGGGUCGGUGCUUCCACGGGCACUGGUUCCCAAAGCCUUCUCCAGCAGCGAGCUGGACGCGUCCUCUGACAGCUCCCCCGUGGCUUCUCCUUCCAGUUCCAAAAGAAAUUUCUUCAGCAGACAUCAGUCUUUCACCACAAAGACAGAAAAAGGCAAGCCCAGCAGAGAAAUCAAAAAGCACUCCAUGUCUUUCUCCUUUGCCUCUCACAAAAAAGUGCUGACCAAAACCAGUACCGGGUCUGGGAAAUCACAAGACUUCACAAGGGACCACGUCCCAAGGGGUGUUAGAAAGGAAAGCCAGCUUGCUGGCCGAAUCGUGCAGGAAAAUGGGUCUGAAACCCACAACCAAACAGCCCUCGGCUUCUGCAUGAGACCCCACACCCUCUCGGUGGAUGACGUGUUCCAAGGAGCUGACUGGGAGAGGCCUGGACACCCACCCUCUUAUGAAGAGGCCAUGCAGAGCCCGGUGGCCCGACUCGCAUCCUAUGGGAGCCAGAACGUGGGAAGCAUGACCGUGGGGGGCAUGAGGGCAAGGAUGCUGGUGGGGGACUGCCUCCUACCCCCUCUUCUACCUACUCACCACGCAGGGCACUCAAGACAUAGGGACAGCAAAGAGCCACUGCCUGGCCACGGACUCUCUACCCUGCCUGAGCAAUGGACACAGAGCGGAACUGUCCAUGCUUCUGUGGACUCUCUGGGGCACGUGGCUGGCCCAGGGAGACCUGAGCUCCUCCGGCUGAGGACCGUCUCUGAGUCCAUGCAGAGGAGUAAGCAGGACUGUCUCGUGCGACGAUGUAGCCAGCCAGUCUUUGAGGCUGACCAAUUCCAAUACGCUAAAGAAUCGUAUAUUUAGGAGGGGGGCCAUGUGCCGUGCUAUAGCUUGUGCUAUCUGUAAAUAUGAGACUUGUAGAGAACUGCCUUUAGAUUCUGUUCUUAAAAGGUCUUGAAUAAGCUCCUUUAGAAAGUUGUGCAAAGCCCUCCUCCGUGAGGAUAGCUACACCAUGGCCAUGGCGGAUCAGAUAGUCUGCGUGUACCUGGAUUUGUGCAAUAUGUAACAAAUGCAUAAAAUGAUUAUAGAUAAGGCGUUAGGUGCAAAGAAUGUCUACUUAAUCCCUGCACCCAUGUGUGGACUUGCAGUGAAGUACAUUGCUGUUCCUUGCUUCCUGGGGCACUUUUCUCUUGGUUAGUGUUUAAAAAUCAUCUUUGCUUUGUUAAUGGAGCCUCAAAUGUCAUGCCAAUUUUCACAUUUUCCACAAACUCCAUUUCGGGAGAAAUGUUUAAAUCUCUGAUGUAAGUUUACUCUAUACCAGAGUCAACUGUACAUUACUAUAUAUAAGCAGCCUUGCAAGAACUAAUCACCAUCAUAGAAGACAGAAACAGACUGCGAGGAACAGAGUUGAGUGUCUGGAGUCAUCAAAGGCAUUGAAAACUCCAGUAAAAGCAGAGACCAUAGCAAAAAAUAUGAAAAACACUUCAACAUGUCCAUCCAAUCAUCCAAUUAAAUUUGGGUAAAUUAGCGAAAAUGUAUUACGUCAAUAUUAGCACUUUGCGAUUCCUUGUAGUUCGUGAUGUCUUAUCCAAUAGUGUGGAGGUAAAUAAUUUUAUAUGCAUUGGGGGUCAUAUAUAAAACUUCAAUGUAAUUUCACUACAAUAAAUUGCCUUCCUUAUUUGAAAGUAAAAA